AUGGACACACCCAUUGCACCUGAGCCUAAAAAUGCUCGUGCCGAGGAUAUAUCUGAUGAGAUGCUCACAUUCAUUGAGGAAGUUAAAUCGAUGCGCUUGAUUCUCGAUACGAAUCCGAUGCCUCUGGCAGAAUUCAUCAAGACAUGUGCGCCUGAAACUGCUCUCUACAAUCGAACGUGCCACGUUACCGCGGAGAGAGAAAGAUUGGAAAAAAUUAACCAGGCUCAACGGAAACUAGACGCGGAAAAUGAGCGCAAGAAGAAAGUGCCAAAGACUGAGCAGCAAGUUCUCAGAGUAUUUCAGCGCAAGGCUGGCCGAGGAAACCAAGAUGCGUGUGCGGUCGCUCAGAAAUUUAGAUGAUUUAGAUAAAACAGUGCGGAUGGUUUUCAAUUUGGUAUUCUAGCGUUGUGAUUGAUUCCUAUGCCUCCCUCGUAUUUUGUCAAGGAGUGUAUGUCUGGUAGUAUAUUUGGCACGAACAUCGCCGUCGCUAACACAGAAAUAUUGGCGAGGGAUUACGAAGAUACCCAGCGGAGAAAAUACAGAGAUGUGGAGUUGAAGCAGAAGAUGCAAAAGAGAAAACAACAAAACCUUUUGGAAGCUCGAGAGCUCAGAUUGGUCAAAAAGGCUAAGAUGAGUGUGCGGGGAAUCAGAAAUAUGGAGGAGGCAGAAGAGUUCGACUCAUCCCUCCCAGGACCUUCAACCAUGUGAAU